AUGCAAAGAGUUAGUGAUAAGAUACCGUCGCCAGUAAAGAGGGUAUCAAGCACUGUGGUGACAUGGGUCAAGGGCCCUCAACCUCCUAGGAUAUACAAGAUUGAGCCUUUCUUUCCGACUGUACAGCAUGCUCCUCUACGGUUACUGGAUCGUUACGCCCCGAAACGGAUGCAACGAUUUUGGCUCUUGUUUGUCUUCUACAUUUGCUGGAUUCUGUCUUUCGCUUUGAUCCUACACAAGUCAUCGUUCGCCGCGGAUAUAGAAGGCUAUGGGUCGCCAGUAAGAUUGGGGUGUACAGCAAGAUAUUGGAAUGAUGGCAAUGGGUGUGGAAUCAAUGGUGAUCAAUGCCGACCAUUCUCCAAUUCUUCUCUGCCCUUUCGUUGUCCUGCUGGUUGUAUCAAGACACAAGUACUAUUUCCUCAUGCUGUUGGAGAUCAGGAAGUCGUAUACAAGCCUCUAGUCGUUGGAGGACCUACAAACAAGAGCGAGCCUAUAUCAAGCACAGUCUAUCGAGGUGAUAGUUUCAUCUGUGGUUCCGCCAUCCAUGCAGGCUUCAUCAAGAGUGAACAAGGCGGAUGUGGUGUCCUCAGACUCACUGGCGAUCAACACUUCUUCCCCAGUGUAAAGCAGAACGGGAUCGACAGUAUCGGUUUCGAAUCCUACUUUCCACAGUCUUUCCAGUUCGUCCCAGGAACGCAAGCGCAAUGUAAAGAUCUGAGAUGGCCUGCCCUCGCCGUCUCUGUCUUCUUCACCGCUAUGCUAUCCAUCUUUACGACUUCCCCGGCUGUAUUCUUCUGGUCCAUUUUCGUCGGUCUAUUCUUCCAAACCGGACUCUCCUCCGACCCUCCAAACCUCACAAACUACUACUCCCUCAUCUCCACCGCACUUGGAAGAUUUCUCCCCGCCGCUUUCGUAAUGGCAGUAAUUUAUCGCUACGCCGUUCGCUACAGCCUAACAGGCCUAACUGCUCAAUUCGAAAAGACAAUCUUGUGGGUAGGAGCAGCAUGGGUAGGCGCAUUGAACAACUACACUUUCGACCGCAUACCCAUCCAACGCCUCACCCCUCACGACAUAAAAGCCCAACCCGGCGCAAUACCCGCCCUCAUCUCCAUUGUCCUGAUAAUCUUCUUCAUCGCUCUCGGUCAAGCCUACGCUUUCCGUGUCGAGGGCAGAAUGCCAAAGUACCUCGCCGUAUACGGCAUUUUCGUGGGGUCCAUCCUAUUUCUUCUCUGUAUCCCUGGCAUGAAUUUGCGGAUCCAUCAUUACAUCCUUGCUAUUUUGUUGCUUCCCGGUACGGCAUUUCAAAAUCGACCUAGUUUGCUCUAUCAAGGUUUGCUCUGCGGUUUAUUCAUAAAUGGAAUUGCUAGGUGGGGGUUUGACAGUAUUCUUCAAACACCCGGUGAACUGCUCUCCGACGCACCACAAAAUACCCUCUUACCUCCUAUUCUUCCCCCAGUCAUUGGAGCCUCUAAUAUCACAUUUACACUCGGUCCUAUCCCGCCUGAGAAGACCAAGAAAACCACUCCAGACUAUGACGGUAUUUCAGUCUUGGUAAACGAUGUAGAGAGGUUUAGGGGGUAUGUUGAUUAUGAUGCUGAAGGUGGUUGGAGUGAGGAUGGGACGAGGCAGUGGACGUGGAAUAGACAUGAUGUGCAUUUGGCAGAGUACUUUAGAUUUGCAUAUCUAGCGGGCAAUGGGGUGGGUGAUUAUACGAAAGCUGGGAGUUGGCUUGUUAAUGGUACUUGGGUGCCUAUGAAGAGUGGACCUUCUUAG